AUGUCUGAUGGAUUACGACAACAACUACAUGCUGAACGAGUCGAUUCAGAUGUGUUUAAAGAAAUUGUUAACAUGCUAUUCCAUUUUGAUGUAUUACCAUCAACUGAUAUACCAGUUUUAAUUGGUUGGUUAGUUGGUCCAGCUGCAGUUAUGAUAGAAAAUCUUAGUGAACAAUUAGUUGGUCAAAUUUGUCAUGAGGUUCUUUGCCAUUGUAUGAAUAUCGCUCAAGAGACAUAUCAACCAGUUAGAGUACUUAAAAGUGAAUGGCAUAAUAAUAAAUAUAUUCGAGGUUCUUAUUCUUACGCAUCGAUUAAAUCAAAUAAAUAUGAUCGAAGACAAUUGCGAGCAUCGUAUGCACCAGACGGGAUUCGAAGAAUUCUGUUUGCUGGUGAAGCAACACAUGAAUAUUAUUAUUCAACUGUGAACGCUGCAUUGGAAACUGGCAUUCAAGCUGCUAAUAAAGUUUUAUCAGUCAUCGAUUAA